GUGAACUAUGUAGAAAAUUUCGGUAAACCAAGCAAAUGUGUCUUCAUCCGUCCUAAUUUAGUCUUAAAUUGAACAUUUUUUGAAAACUUCGGAGUUGAUGGUAUCCUGAAAUAGCAGCAUAAUGUCAUCCAGACUUUUAGUUCUUCCGUCAAGAGCAGCACCAAAAAUAUUUAAAACUACUUCAAAGUUUUCAACAUGGGGAGGGCAACACAUGGCACAAAGAAAUUUUUCUGUUAUUUCAACCAGCGGAACAACAAGAUUGGCUAGUGUAUUCAGCAAUGGUGCACAGCACAACUUUGAUCAGAAGAGAAACUUCAAUGAUGGAAAAAGCACAGCUCUUACUUUAAUUAAAGACCUGAAACAUAUAACAUCAACCCCAGGACCAGCAUUGUUGCUUGGCCUCGGUGGUCUGAUACCAUUCGUAGCUAUGCCAGUCUAUAUGGUGUCAUCGGGUGUUUUUGUUUCUGGUCUUGCAUUCAGCCAAGUCACAUACGGUGCCUGUAUUUUAUCGUUUAUUGGUGGAGUAAGAUGGGGCACGGCUCUUUCGGAUAAUGAAGCUGUUCAACCAAACUGGUUUAACCUAGGCUACAGUGUCACACCUUCUCUCGUAGCGUGGGUAGCUCUCCUUUUGCCCACUCCAGCCUCCUUGCUCACGCUGAUGGCUGGACUGGCUGGUUCAGCUUACAUGGACUUGACCAUGCUUGGCUAUCCACCAUGGUUUAAAGCACUUAGAUUCCUAUUGUCGCUGUUUGCCAUACUUUCUCUAUGGAGUACACUGAUGUGUAUGCUUAUUCUUGAUGACAAGAAGAAAAAGGAAGAAAAGAUGAAGGCUGCUGCAAAUGAUAAGAUGGAGAAAGCUCCUGAAGUUGAAAAGCUUGCUGCAGUAAAACCAGUUGUUAGGAAGGUUGAGAAAAUGGUCGACACGGCAGGAAAGUCAGCUAAGUCUGCUGUGAAUAAAAGUAAGAAAGAAGCGUCUGAACUUUUAAGCAAAAGUGCUAACAGAGAAACAGGACAAAAAGAUGAUUUGGAAGAAAAAGAACUGAAGGAGUAGAUAAACAAUUUGCGGAGGAUAUUUUCCCUUUUGUGCUAGUCUGUCUGAAAGUUACGUAAAAUCUUGUUUUAAUUUAUUAUUGUGAUUAUUUAUGUAUCAUAUUAAAUAUGAAUCCAAGUUAUAUAUAGAAAUACAUCUACAUUGUACUAGGAUUUCAAAGUACAAAAAAAAUAUAGUAGAGUUUUCAGUAUUUCAAUUUGAGCGUAAUUUGGAUAAAAUGAAAUUGCCUUGUUCAUUAAUAAUUUGAAAUGUAUUGUGAUUUAAAUAACCAUUAUGUGUACUUAUGUACAAGUUAUGAUUUUUAAUUCAUGUGUUGUUUUGUUCACCAUUUUGGGAAUUGGGCAAGAGCCAUUGUAAUUUGGAAAAAUGCAUUAUUUUGACAAAAAAAUAAAAAAAAAGAGGCCAUUUUACAUCAAAAUGAAUAAGGGUUGCUUAAAAAAAAAUAAGUGGAAAAAAUGUUUUAUGAAGAAUACGCAAACUCUUACAUACAAAAGUUAUUUUGGGCCUAAUUUUUUGAGAAAAUAAAUAAUAUAAAAACAGCACAGAAAUUUGUAAUGUUCUUUUCACUUUUUUUAUUUUUAAUGUUUAAGCAUUGGAAAUGUGGCCGAACUUCGGUCCAAAAUUUAUCAGAAAAACUCACUGGUAGAGAAUGUUGUUUUUAUGUAAAUAUAUAAGAUUGUUAUUUUUAUUUUUUAUUUCAUUGAAGUGCAUGUGUAAAUAGAAUUUGUGAAUUCUCUGUAUUAUUUAUAUGAAGUGCUAUACUACAAAGUUAUAGUCUGGUUAUGAAAUUAAACAUGAGAGCAUU